AUGAAGUUGAAGCAACUCAAAGUUAGACCCAAGAAGCUUUUGGAAUCAAGCCCAUGCGUCGUCGAAAUGGGUGCAUUGUUUGAAUGUUGGGCUACUUCUGGCAUUGACGAGAAGCAUUGUCAAGCUGUUGCUAAAUCUCUACAAGAAUGCAUGGCAAAACCAGGCCGUAAGACCAAGCAGCAAAACACCAUCAACUACCAUUUGGCGCGUCUCAGCAAACACCUGUAA